CCGGGGAGUAAGGCACCGAGGUGUCUGGUCCUGUUUCUUGGCAGCCCUGCCGGGCGGGGGAGAAGGUGCGAACAGCCCGGGCUCGGAGCUCGCGCCCUGCGCCCCACCCAGGCUGCGGCCGCGCGGGGAGGAAGCGCGUAUAGGUUGAGUGCAAAGUUUCCCUUUUUGCUUUCUCGUCAGAGCAGCCCCAACGGACGGUGGGCAGGAAUGCCUAACUUCAAUUUGAAGGGGGUCCGGAGCCUAAGGGGUUAAAAUUAGCGACUCCCCCACUUCCCGCCUCCCUAAAACAUCCACCCCGCCAGCCAUGGGCAGCCGCGAUCACCUGUUCAAAGUGCUGGUGGUGGGGGACGCCGCGGUGGGCAAGACGUCCCUGGUGCAGCGAUAUUCCCAGGACAGCUUCAGCAAACACUACAAGUCCACGGUGGGAGUGGAUUUUGCUCUGAAAGUUCUCCAGUGGUCUGACUCAGAGAUGGUGCGGCUCCAGCUGUGGGAUAUUGCAGGGCAGGAGCGCUUCACCUCUAUGACACGACUGUACUAUCGGGAUGCCUCUGCCUGUGUUAUUAUGUUUGAUGUUACCAACGCCACUACCUUCAGCAACAGCCAGAGAUGGAAACAGGACCUGGACAGUAAGCUCACAUUGCCUAAUGGAGAGCCUGUGCCCUGCCUGCUCUUGGCCAACAAGUGUGAUCUGUCCCCUUGGGCAGUGAGCCGAGACCAGGUUGACCGGUUCAGUAAAGAGAACGGUUUCACAGGUUGGACAGAAACAUCAGUCAAGGAGAACAAAAAUAUUAAUGAGGCCAUGAGAGUCCUCAUUGAGAAGAUGAUGAGCAAUUCCAGAGAAGAUAUGUCUUUGUCCACCCAAGGGGACUACAUCAACCUGAAAACCAAGCCCUCCUCCAGCUGGGCCUGCUGCUAGUAGUGUUUGGCUUGUUUUCCCUCCCAGUUCUAGGAGGUCUUUCAUCUCUUCCCUUUGGUUGCCCACCCAGCAAUUCUAUUAAGUACAUUUGCACUGUCUCUUGCUGACUCUUCAGUGAGGAGGGCAUCAUCACUAAGAAAGGACACCUGGGACCCAUGUGUAUUUCUGUAUCUCCUGCAAGUUGGUUCUCACUUGCUGCUGGCUCAUAUGGCCCAGUUAGUGCCUUCUGUAUAAGAAAGAUCGUGGUCUCAUCCCUCAAUUUGUGAUCUGGGAUUUUGUGGGAAGGAUUAGAAAUCAGCAUCUAUGUUUUAAGGAUUGUAAUUCUCACCUGCUUUUGAGUUUAUCUUUCCAUUUGAUGUAUGUUGAUAUCUCAAUCUGAUAUGAUUUCAGAUUGCAAGGAAAAUGAGAUCAAAGGUCAUUUCCCAAAUUCCUUGUAGGUCAUUGCUUUCAGAUUCUUUCUGUCUUGGACUUUGAAUUUAAACAUCUGAUUCUGAGAUGCAGAAGGAGGGAGGCUGGAUAUCUUUGGGUUUGGACUACUGGAGGUGACCCAAAAGUCACUGUAUUUUUGAAGCUUCUAAAGUCAUAAUUAGCUUUCUCUUGUCUUGGCUUCAAGAAUAGUCAAUAAUAUCUAUCUUGUGUGAUGAGAGCAUUUCUUUCCCCAAAGAAAGAAAUUCUCACAUUAGGGUUUUCUAGUGUCUCCCUACCAGUGGGGUGGGGGUGGCGUUUGCAAGUUUCUGGGUUGAUGUCUUGAUGCAUAAUGCUGCAAGGGACAUCGGUUGGCUGUGGUGCCAUGAAAUAGGUCUGUUCCUCACAGCUCUGGGAGUCUGAGUGGAAGAAGAGGGAGAGGUUAACAGAACAAAAUCCCGUGAGGCAACUUGCUUAUGAGCACUUUGGGUGGCUAGCACUUAACAGCCAUGGGAAACCAGUAUUAUGUACAGACCUGUGCCUGGGGAUGGAGAGGGGAUAGACAGAAAAUCAUUAGGUAAUUUAAGUGCUAGAUCAGGUAGGGUUUUUAGUGUUGAAUCAUUUCUAGACAGUUUAAUUUUAAUUCUCACAGGAUGGUGAUUUAUAACCUACUCAAAGUUAGGAAUAUUCUUAGUGAACUCAGAGAUCUAGAGUUCUUUGAGAGAGACUUUUCUAAGUAAGUGUCCUAAAUCAGGGUUCUGAAAUCUGACUGAUCAGAACCACCUGGGAAGUUUGUUAAAAAAU